AUGGAGAACUCCCAUAGAUCUCUCAUCUUCCUGCUUCUUAUGUUGAUGGGUUUCUUGCAAACCUCAUCUCAGGCUCAUAAAUUCCUCGUUGGUGGAAAAAAUGGCUGGGUGCCCCAGCCUCCCGAGACCUAUAAUCACUGGGCUGAAAGAAUGAGGUUUCAAGUCAAUGAUAGCCUCAUUUUCAAGUACAAGAAAGGGUCUGACUCCGUCCUCAUCGUUACUCAAGAAGAUUACAACAACUGCAACACCACAAAACCCAUAAAAGCUCUGAAAGACGGAACCUCUGUGGUGAAGUUGAACAGGUCGGGCCCCUUCUUCUUCAUCAGUGGCAAUGCCUGCGGAUGCGACCGAGGUCAUGAGAAGCUCGUCGUUGUUGUUAUGGCCGUAAGGAAUCGCACCCAUGUCCCAUCUCCGGCCCCGCCAGUUGCACCGCCGACUUCUUGGUCCCCGCCGGCCCAUCCUCCCAAGCCAGUUCCACCAAAGCCUGCGCCUCCAACGGCGCAGCCCCCAGUGGACAAUGCGCCGGUGAUGGCUCCGAGGGCGGUGCCUUCUCCCUCUCCUUCUCCGGCCGAUGGUUUGCCGGGGCCCAAUGAGGGUCCGUCGAACAUGGGUGCUCCGACUCCGCCGAGGUCUAGCGUUAUGUCUUCUGCACCGGUGGCAUGUGGGGACUCGGUGGAGUGGGCUUUGGGUAUGGGGGUUGGGGUGAGCUUAGUUUUGGGGAGCUUCUUUGGAUUGUUUUAACUUUGAAAUUAUAAUUAGUUGGUGGUGUUUGGGUUUAGGGAGGGGUUAGUGCUUAAUUAGUAGUAAGUUUGCAUUUGGAGCUCAUGGACCAUGUCAAAUUAA